AUGAAGAAGGAUUUCUACUCCGACGUCGCCACCGCCCGCCCGACGCCUCCGAGCGUCGCCACCGCCCGCCCGACGCCUCCGAGCGUCGCCACCGCCCGCCCGACGCCUCCGAGCGUCGCCACCGCCCGCCCGACGCCUCCGAGCGUCGCCACCGCCCGCCCGACGCCUCCGAGCGUCGCCACCGCCCGCCCGCCGCCUCCGAGCGUCGCCACCGCCCGCCCGACGCCUCCGAGCGUCGCCACCGCCCGCCCGACGCCUCCGAGCGUCGCCACCGCCCGCCCGACGCCUCCGAGCGUCGCCACCGCCCGCCCGACGCCUCCGAGCGACGCCACCGCCCGCCCGACGCCACCUAGCGACGCCACCGCCCGCCCGACGCCUCCGAGCGACGCCACCGCCCGCCCGACGCCUCCGAGCGACGCCACCGCCCGCCCGACGCCUCCGAGCGUCGCCACCGCCCGCCCGACGCCUCCGAGCGUCGCCACCGCCCGCCCGACGCCUCCGAGCGUCGCCACCGCCCGCCCGACGCCUCCGAGCGUCGCCACCGCCCGCCCGACGCCUCCGAGCGUCGCCACCGCCCGCCCGACGCCUCCGAGCGUCGCCACCGCCCGCCCGACGCCUCCGAGCGUCGCCACCGCCCGCCCGACGCCUCCGAGCGUCGCCACCGCCCGCCCGACGCCUCCGAGCGUCGCCACCGCCCGCCCGACGCCUCCGAGCGUCGCCACCGCCCGCCCGACGCCUCCGAGCGUCGCCACCGCCCGCCCGACGCCUCCGAGCGUCGCCACCGCCCGCCCGACGCCUCCGAGCGACGCCACCGCCCGCCCGACGCCACCUAGCGACGCCACCGCCCGCCCGACGCCUCCGAGCGACGCCACCGCCCGCCCGACGCCUCCGAGCGACGCCACCGCCCGCCCGACGCCUCCGAGCGUCGCCACCGCCCGCCCGACGCCUCCGAGCGUCGCCACCGCCCGCCCGACGCCUCCGAGCGUCGCCACCGCCCGCCCGACGCCUCCGAGCGUCGCCACCGCCCGCCCGACGCCUCCGAGCGUCGCCACCGCCCGCCCGACGCCUCCGAGCGACGCCACCGCCCGCCCGACGCCACCUAGCGACGCCACCGCCCGCCCGACGCCUCCGAGCGACGCCACCGCCCGCCCGACGCCUCCGAGCGACGCCACCGCCCGCCCGACGCCUCCGAGCGUCGCCACCGCCCGCCCGACGCCACCGAGCGACGCCACCGCCCGCCCGACGCCACCGAGCGACGCCACCGCCCGCCCGACGCCACCUAGCGUCGCCACCGCCCGCCCGACGUCUCCGAGCGUCGCCACCGCCCGCCCGACGCCUCCGAGCGACGCCACCGCCCGCCCGACGCCGCCGAGCGACGCCACCGCCCGCCCGACGCCACCGAGCGACGCCACCGCCAGCCCGACGCCACCGAGCGACGCCACCGCCCGCCCGACGCCUCCGAGCGUCGCCACCGCCCGCCCGACGCCUCCGAGCGGGGCGCAAGCUUCCCGUCCCACCUGUAAGACGGCCGCGGAGACCAGAGUCAUCUGGCAUACCUAA